CUGGGAGGCAGAGGUUGCAGUGAGCCAUGAUGGCACCACUGCACUCCAGCCGGGGCAACAGAGCGAGACCCUGUCUCAGAAAAUCAAACAAACAAACAAAAAAACAAAUCCUGCCGCUUGUGCCAUCAGCACGAGUUUCCAGGAAAUUCUGUCACCUCCAGCAGGUCAUGAUUCCCCUGUGUAUUUCAGGUCCGCGGGAGAGCUGUGGAGCUUGGUGAGUGUUUCGUGGCCUCUUGGGUUGGUCAGCACCCCCAGCCAGCAGGCCCAGGACCCCUCUGCAGAAGCAUUCCAGGAGAGCAGGCGUCACCAAGAUGUCCAACCCCUUCCUGAAGCAAGUCUUCAACAAGGACAAGACAUUCCGCCCCAAGCGCAAGUUCGAGCCGGGCACCCAGCGCUUCGAGCUGCACAAGAAGGCGCAGGCGUCGCUGAAUGCCGGGCUGGACCUGCGGCUGGCCGUGCAGCUGCCCCCGGGCGAGGACCUGAACGACUGGGUGGCCGUUCACGUGGUGGACUUCUUUAACCGCGUCAACCUCAUCUACGGCACCAUCAGCGACGGCUGCACGGAGCAGUCCUGCCCCGUCAUGUCAGGGGGCCCCAAGUACGAGUACCGCUGGCAGGACGAGCAUAAGUUCCGGAAGCCCACGGCACUCUCUGCGCCCAGGUACAUGGACCUGCUGAUGGACUGGAUCGAGGCGCAAAUCAACAACGAGGACCUCUUCCCCACCAAUGUCGGCACGCCGUUCCCCAAGAACUUCUUGCAGACGGUGCGGAAGAUCCUGUCGCGGCUGUUCCGCGUGUUCGUGCACGUCUACAUCCACCACUUUGACCGCAUCGCUCAGAUGGGCUCCGAGGCCCACGUGAACACCUGCUACAAGCACUUCUACUACUUCGUCAAGGAGUUCGGCCUCAUCGACACCAAGGAGCUGGAGCCACUGAGAGAAAUGACCGCCCGUAUGUGCCACUAAGAGCCCCGCGGGCCGCCCGGUGCCCGAACCGCCGCUGGGGCCUCAGAGACUCGGAGGAGGAUGCUCUGGAACCAUCAUCACGCUUCUCUCCAGCCUGAGCAUCUCAGGGAGCCCAGGGGCCGGGCCGCUGAGCAGGUGUUGGUCCUCAGGAGCUCCAGCCCUGGAUGGCAAACGCCUUCCUCACCGUCUCGAGCCUCAGUCUCCCAUCUGGGACCGAACAUGAGCUCUGUAAUUCUGUGUGUUACUAGCAACCGGAAAA